AUGGCUGGUUCCUCUCAGAAGCACCCAAAAGUUACGUGCGCCAAUGUUGAUCAAGAUGAAGAUGAUGGAGGGAUUCCAUGUACUAAUAUCGCCUCGAAAGCUUGCAAUGGGUGCUUUCUGGUUCAAUAUUGCAGCAAACAUUACCAAGUUGCACACUGGAAACCCCAUAAGAAGGAUUGCAAAUAUCCAUUUAUAAAGAAGUCUUGGAGACCACAAUGGGAUGUAGAGAAACGACGUCUGGCAUUUAUUGGAGACAACGAUGAUCCUGCUCUAGCUGAACAGUGGGUGACUCUGGUGCAACACGGGAAAAAGAAGUAUUUAUGGGGUAGUGUUCCUGCCAUUGAUAUAAUUCAGAGUUGUAAGAAUGAAGGAAAAGAUUUGCCAGAACAACUCAAUCUUUUAUUUGCGGCAUCUGGGGAUAUUAGAAAUGUUGUCAAGUCUCUCGUCGAACUUCCAAUUGCGUAUGAGGGCAGAUGUGAGCUUAUAAUUAACGACAAGGAUUUUGACAUUGUCGCCCGGAAUGCAAUGUUGCUCCUCACAGCUCUCGUAUUCGACCCGAUGGAAGCAGCAGACAUCAUGAUUCAUAUCUGGUACUCUGCAUUCAUAACCGAGUCGUACUUGGGAAAACUUCGAGAAAAAGUCCUCCCGCUGAUUGAAGAUGUUUGUGAAAAGGUAGCUGGCCGCCCUGCGCAAUCUUUGCAAUCCAAAACUUGGACAUUCGGCACUCGCAGCAUAAGUUUGGUAUUACCGAAGGCUUCUUGGGAUCUUCUUCCCUCUUUUUUCAGAAUUCCAGAUGGACUAUCAGCUAGCAAGGCACAAAAAGUAAUGGUUGACACUACAUUGCCACCCUCGAGAAGAGAUUAUAUCGAGCGAGAAUUUUAUACCCGACCACCUGCAUGGCGUGUCUGUGCUACUCAGUUCCGUACUGAUGGCAUACUUCUUCCCUUCGGACAUUCUCGCAAGGAUUUCAAUAUGCCAAAUCUAACAUUAUUUCAGAGCACUGAAUUCUGGCCUAUGAUGGAUUCUGCCGAUCCGUUGGAAGGAUGGCCUCUCGAAGGACACCUUUCGAAACCUUCAAUGGCUCGAAACGAUAUCUAUGGCAGCCUUUAUUUCUAUCUUCAAGAUCAACUUCAAAGCUUUUGCGAGCGAAUUGAGAAUUUGAAAAUCCGCUUUCAACUAUUCGAACUUGACGCAGUCGAUCUGCCAGGUAUCAUGAAGGGACGAGGCGUUGGCAAAUACUAUUUCGACAGAAUUGAGGUUUCAAAUAUUGGAGACCGUGGCUACAUUGGACCCCGAAAACUUCUGAUGACUUUCGCUCCUUACCUGAAGCGUAAAUCACAGAAUCCGCAUGCCACAUUUCUUGUUUUAUUCCUCAACGCUGUCCAUGAAAGCCGCACUGACAAGGAUUACAUUGAUAGCAUAGCAACUGAUUCAGCAAAAUCACAUAGGAAAUCAACACAUCAACAACUUUCAAACGCCAUCGAUCCGACGAGAGGAUCAAACCUCCAUGAUGCUACCUUCCAUGAUACAACCAUCACAACAAACACGCCCGAUUCAAUUCUUUCGUUGAUGUCAAGCGAUGAAAAUCAACCUUCUGGUCAGAAUCUACGUCCUAUAGCAACAAAACUUAUCGCUUGUAAGUUCCUUGCGAAGGGUCAUUGUCAGAAGGGUGAAGACUGUCCUUUUAGCCAUGGAAUUGAACCAGCAACCCCGUCGCAAAAACUAUCUGCCACUCCACUGUGUAGCUUUUUUGUAAGAGGAAGAUGUCAAAGGGGUGAUAACUGUCCUUUCAGUCAUGAGAUUGAAGUGGAAGCUUCUUCAAAAGCUCGGAUCCGCACAACCUGCAGUUUCUUUGCCAGAGGAAAGUGUACAAAGGGAGGCGAUUGCCUUUACCUACAUAGCCCAAUUGAGCCUGACCACAAGGCAACCAAGCUUCCAGAUACGCAAAAUACCAAGAAGACUCGCCCAUUCUCUUCCACCAUCAUCGAUACAUCAUUUGCUGUUCUGAAUGUGCCAUCUGCAGUCACUAAGAAUUAUGAUAAUGUACCAAAAGGUAUGAUUGCACGCGCAAUCUCUGGAGCUUUUACAAUGUUUGGAGAUGGAGCAAAAGUCUACAAAAUUGCGGUCCCGUCUGACUUUACAACUAUCCGAAUCACCGGCUUGCCACAGGAUACCAACAUCGAGUACAUUGAGACAAUGCUAGCUAGACUCGACCUUGGAACAUGUGGAAUUUGCAUUAGAAUUACUAGAAUUGGUACUCCGCCCUCCGUUCUUGCCUAUCUGCGACUUGAAGAUUCCACCGUCGGCUCGGUUCUAAGCGAAGAAUUGGAAUCUGGCUGGAGAAAACUUAAGAUGUACUCCCAAAUAAAGGCGAGCCCAGUCCCUACGAGUUUGUUUCCCGUCUCUGGAUUUUCAAGUGAAGUCGACUUUCGUGAAGUGUUUUUGUCAUGGUAUCGAUCUUCUAAGAUGGCCAUCCUGAAAUAUGCAAAUGAGGAUGUCGCCAAUAUGAUAUGCAUCAACUUUAACGACGGUUACUACAGAGUCGUAGGCAAACAUUUGGCUUGCGAAUCGCCGGUUAUCUCUCAUAUCUUGACCGAUCAAAAACACAGAUUCCUAUGUAUCUUGAAGAAUGUACCGGUGUUUGCAGACAAAGAGGACAUCUUAGGUGCGAUGGAUGAGAAAUAUCGACCAGAUGAAUUGGAAAUUGGCAGACCGAGCUAUGAAGCAUCUGACGAGGUGUCUCGUGAAUAUGUCAAGAAAUUAUGCUCAGUCAUUGGCCCCGUGGAGUCUUGGGACCCUGUUCAAGAUCCGGCAGCUAAGAGAGUCAAAUCGCAAGUUGAAGAUGAAAAGAAGUCACUGAUAGGGCAGCGAGUUACCAUCAGAGCAUACCCAAGCACUGAUGUCGCGAAGAAGUUCACAACUUUGAAGAUUAAGGGAGAGCCCGGAGAGAACUUUUCCAACGCCAGAAAUAAGCUGGAGAAGGUAUUGAUCGGUACGGUGGCUCUAGAAGAGGGUAAGCCAGUUUGGAACGACUACUUCAUGCAACCAAUCGGAUUGAUGAAGAUCAAGAGAGUUUCAAACGAUCAUAACGUUGUUAUUGAUCGAGAUAGAACAAGACAACAACUUUGGCUGUACGGUUCGCCCAGAGAUAUCGACAGUGCUCAACACACACUUCACAAAAUUAUCACAUCAGGAGUAGAAGGCUAUGCUAUUAAGCUAACUCCAAGUGACUUUUCGUGGGUAGCAGGUGGUGGGUUUGAUCAAAUAGUAUCAGUUCUUGGAAAAGAUGUUGCUUCGAUUGAUACAUUGUCGAAUCCAAAGAAGAUCUUACUUGCUGGUAGUCCUAAGAACUAUCACACUGCCAUGGCAGUCAUAAAGUCCAGGAGCGCUGCUGCUGGCAAGAUCGACAAGAUAGAGACAGGCGACGAUAAAGACAAUUGCAGCGUCUGCUGGUGUCCUGCUGAGUGUCCAAUCCGUAUCAACUGUAGCCAUUUGUAUUGCCUUCAAUGCUUUGAGCAUCUAUGCUCCUCGACCACAUCUAGCGACAAAGAGGUAUCUAUCAAUUGUACGGCUGUCGGAUGCGAUGUUGUUCUCUCUCUGCAAGAGAUUGAGCAGAAUCUAUCAUCCAGAAGUUUUGAGCAGUUACUUGAAGCAUCGUUCACUUCGUACAUUCGUCAUCAUCGCGAUGAUUUUCAUCAUUGUCCAACCGCAGACUGUGAACAAGUCUACCGGGUUAAUAGUCCCACCAAAUCCCGCACUUGUGCUAGAUGUCUCGUUGAAACUUGUAUCCCAUGCCAUGCGUCUCAUCAAGGCCAAGUAUGUGCAGACUACAAAUACAAGAAGCGCGUUGGAGAUGAAGCACAUGUCAAGGAUGAAGAAAAAUGGUCUAAUCAUUUGAGCAUCAAGAAUGAAGAUUUGGGACUUGGAGAAGGUGUUAAAGAGGACUUGAUUAAGUUUGAUGUUCCUAAAGUAAAACGGGGUAUGGGGUUCCACGGCACUCAAAUGCUUGAACGAAUCCAACAGGAGCUUGGUGGAUGGUAA